AUGUCUACCGAACCUGCUGUUCAAACGCAAAGAGACUCGGUCGAUGUUUCGGGUGGACGGACAGCCCCGUAUGUGGGGGUCCAUACAGAACAUCACAACCGCGGUUCUCUGGAUCACAGACGCAAAAGCUCUUCAGGCGAGCCAUUCAAAAGCGGCCGUUUUUCGUGGGUUAAACGGCUAAUGAACAACAACAAGCCAGUUCCGUCGACUUUGGUGCAAGGACCAAGCCGUAACCAACGGCCAGUCCAGCAGACAAGACAAGAGACAGCUUCUGUUCAUGGCACAAAAAGUUUGGAUGAUCAGCGUAGUACGUUCAGUACAGACAAUUCCACCAUUGACAAUGUGAGCACGAGACCCAUUUUAUCCAAUUCGUCAGACGAGAGCGAAAACGAGGCUGACGAAGUGGAUUCAAGUUACAAAUACUACGAUCCGUCUGUGAAGUCGACCGCAAUGACCUCUAUAGCUCCCACGUCGUUUACCACCGCCAGCAGUUAUGGUCCAAACAACAUGCUCAUCAAUCCUGGCGGAUCAAGUGGGGCAGGUAGCACCACUGGCGCAGGAACAAGUGUGAGCAAUUACUCUGGAACAGCAACUCCAACUGGCCAGUCAUCUGCCCACCAAACGGCUCACGGGGCAGACUCAUCCUCUGUCAUUACAAUUGCCAGCUCUACUCGAAAUAGAAGACGGCGGAGCAUUGACACCAACGCUUCUAUUUCUGCAAUUCCUCCUGCCAGCAUCUUCGAGCGGAUUGUGCCUGCAAAUGCCAGCGGACACAGAAUCCCUGUCACUGAGAUCCCCUCGCGGGCAGCCGUUAGUGAACAGGACUCUCUAGUGUCUACAGAUUACUGCUCUGUCGCUUCGCAGUGA